AUUUUGGGAUGUACUUACGCCCUGUAUUGCCUCGUGGUAGUAUGGAAUGUAUAUCUCGCCGCUUGCAAAGCCGCUCGUGGCUUUUCAGCUUCUUGUGUCUUUCUUGGUCCAUAUAAGACGCAGGGACUGACUGCGCGAGCCCCCGGUGGGACUUCAGAGGCUACUCUGCACAUUUCUUCGGCAAAAGGCCUGUUCAGCUCUCGCCCCUCGCACAUCUUGAAAUCUACAAAGUUUCGCCUCCAUUUCCAACUGUAACGACCUUCAUGUUUAAGACGAAGCACGACAUAGGGAGUCCUAAUUACAAUCUCAACACUCCCAAGAUACCAUCCAAGGCGCUUCCACAGUCGCCACCACUCACGUCCCCUCGUUCUUUCAGCAGGGCCGAGCACCGUUCGUUCAAGAUGCUCAAGCCCUCUCUUUCAGGCUCAAUUUCACGGGCGCACACGCCCAAGCCUUCAACACCACUGCCCCUCAAGUCUAUCCUGAAGGGAAAGACUUCCCCUCCUCGUGACUCAUAUGAAAGCGACGGAGAAGUUGCGGCCGCCAAGAAGGGUUCGCGGAAUAACGUCUACACAGUGCCCAACUCCCCUCCGCAACAUGCACACUUGGGUCCCAUGAAGGGUCCCGCACUAAACCUUCACUGGAAGCUGCUCCCCUACCAUCCAAAGCGAUCAAAGCGAUUUCUUCACUUCGAUGUUGCUUUCCCAACUCACGACAUCGAGUUCAGGCAGAACUCGUCUUAUGGUGUUCAACGAACAAGCUUGUCUGAUGCCGACUUUGAUAAGUCGGCUGCAGAUGAAAAGUUGGUCAAGAUGACCAUCAACUUCCAGCGAGGUCCAUUCGAGUGGGACAUCGAUGUGAAACGUGAUAGAGGCAUUCGUGUCCGCGAUGUCUUUGAGGCGAUACAUGCAGCUUUCGACGCACCGCUCACACCUCAUGAGAAAAGCUUGAUCCCGCACCAUCGCCGUGCGGUAUACGAAGAGGCGUUCAGGCUUCGCUGCAAGCUAGCGGCAGGGCUUCCUAUCGUCGAGCAACGCAAAGGCUGGAAGCGCGUAGACAUGCUUCUGCAUGAGACCCUCUUCCGUGGUCUGACGCAGCCGAAGUCAGGGGGAGACUGGGUAUUGAAUCUCAGCGGGUCGGUGCCCGUAUACGACCGCUAAAGAACAUCACGAUCAUUGCAUAUUUUUUUUCUCUCACUGUAUUCUUGAACUGGAUUUCAGCCACGCUCUUUUGGCUUCAUUGCAUCGCAUCGCAUCUUAUCAACUCUCUAUCAACACCCCUCAACAUUCUGUCCCUUUUUAAUUCUGCCCAUAUUUCUAAAAGUGUUAUGACCUAUCCUACUCAUGUUUUGCAGCAUUCUCGCUGCCUGGUUCAUAGUAGCGUUGGCCUAGGCGGAAGACGCUCCCUACUCUGUACUUUCUCGCGAUCCUGGUUUCCUUGUCCUCUGGACUCUGUCCAGGAUCGAUUUGUGCCGAUCAAAGAUACCAAGUUACUACUGUUCAGCAGUGUACAUCAUGUUCUCUCAUAGACACUUUCCCUUGCAGUGGAAAGAAAUAAAACAUCCGUUUUAUGUGUCGAA